UCCGCGAGUCUCCAAGUGCUCGGUUGCUGGCGACACGUUUCAUCGGUGGAUUUCUGAUCAUGGAUGUGCGCGCUGUCACUCAACGAUUGUCGAUUUUCUCAGGUGGAAUCGCGCGCAGGGAAUUGGCGAAAGUAUUUUCGAUCGUCUGCAGAACAUAAUUUGAAUUUCAGGGUGAAGGAAGGAUGAAGAAUGCCCCGCGCUGGCGGAGGAGAUGGGGGUAGUGGGCCCCAAAGGACGGGAGGGGGUGGCUUUGGAGGAUGGCUGGGUGGUGCUGCAAGAGCUAUGACGGGUGGAGGCGUCGGUGGUGGAUACGUUGUUCUGGGUGGCACCAGAUACGGUCUGCGAAUCUCUCAGGAAAGCCUGCCACCGGUCAAUUCCAGAGAGGAAUCGCAGGAGCGCCGGCGAAAGCGGAAUUCGCGCGAGAGCGACUCGCGGGAGCGGUUGACCGAGAGACCGGUGACGGAAAAACCGCCGAUCGAUCUAACGGCCAGCAUCACCGAUUGUUGCUGCAUCGGUCCACGAUCGCGUCUUCCGCUGCCUCGGAUACCACCGGCGAUCACCUCAUCGACCAUGUCCUCGACGGCGACAGCAGCAUCGUCUGCGUCGUCGGUAUCGUGCCCUUCGAUCGUCACCGGUGGUUAUCCGUCCAGGGAAAUCGCUGGCGACUGCUCGUCGUCUCUUCCUGCUUCUACUACGAGCGUCGCGGAGACAACGCCGACGCUCGCUAAUAAUAGUCGCGGCGCGGUGCAAACAUCGGUGGGGAACAUCGGCAGCACCAGCCAGCAGCAGCAGCAGCAACAGCAGCCACACUACCACUAUUACCAGCACCAUUAUCCACAAGCAGCGGUGGCGGCGGUAACAUCGUCGUACUCGCCACCGACAACGACGCCGUGCUCACCCUCGACGUCGCUCGGCUACUCGUCCGGCGUCCCGACGACGACGCAGACCGUCUCCGUACCGCGGCAGCUCGCGCAGUGGACGAAGCAUCAGACGCUCAAGCUGCAGGAACCAGCAGUGAUAGCGGUGGACCGAUUGCACAGGUUUCGAUGGAGCGGGGGCGGAGGAGGAAAUGGCAAGAAAUCCUCUUCCGGCCCCCGCAGCGAGAAGGCUGAGCGCCUUCGCGAGCUCACCGAGAAGCUCAAGGGACCAGCACCGGUUCCGCCACCCAGAAGACCGUCGCGAGUACAGGCUUCCUCCCCUCCUCCUAGCGGAUACCAGCCGUCGUCUCAAAAUUAUCCACAGACGGGCUCGAAUCCAAGUUGUAGUCGUUUCGAGGGUCGCUCAUCUCACCGCAGCUAUACAUACAAUGAGGGUAACCAACAUGGUAAUAACAAUCAGCAAUCUCAGCAGCAUCAACAGCAUCAGCAACAGCAGCAAGAAAAUCCGAAGACGAUGGUCCGCAGUGAGAGUGUCAGUGAAGAGUGUCUCAGUGAUCGCUCGGGAAAUAGUGUAUACCGGAAGCCAUGCCACGACUCGAGGAAGACCUCGAGAUCAGGCAGACCAGAGAGAAACAGUGAUGACGUCAGUGACCUCAGGAGCAAACCGAAUGCCAGUGCGGAGGCGGCGAAACACUUGAGACAGUAUAGUGAUUCCGUGGUGGACAGUGCUACGAGUGUAGACGAUUUGUGCGAUAACCUGAACGCUGCUUCCGUUGGCGGCAAUGAGGGGGAGGCCCGGGAUGCCAUCACUAGGCUGGAACCGCGUGGGCUGCUUGCCUUUCACAGAUCCGGCGCGCCCUAUAGGAGUGCCUCCUUCGGCCAGGUGGACUUUAAUCAAGAUGCAGAUUUUAGUUUCAGCGUAAACUCGCACUUUCCUCUUCCAGCGAAUCGACAAAAAACUCAGCCGAUCGUAACAUCUAAUCGCUCCGAGACCAAAGACAUUCGAGCGAGCACGUUACCUCGUCGUCGGGGUGAUGUUACUCCAGGUAGCACGACCCCUCAAAACAGCCCCAAUCGACAGAGUCCAAGGACGUCGACGCCUAGCGUCGACAGCGCCGUCGGCUCUGCCGAAGGUCUGGGUGUUUCUCAGCAAGGAAAUCACGAGGAGAUUCGACCCAGAAGCGAUGGUUCGGAUAGUCUGGCAACUUCCAGUGCACUCACCAGUCCAGAACCACUAGUUCCAGAGACGAAUCAAAUCGAGCCCAGAGUCGAAACGGACGCGCCCACCGUUGAACUCGUUGGUCACGAGACCGUGUACCCUAUCGUCGAAGGAAACAUCGUGGAGGAAACCAUUCAAAAAGAAACCAGGAUAGAGCCGCACGAGGUGAUCAUCACACCACCUCCGGAGGAGCCGCGACUGAGUCAAGCGAGCGAAGGCAGCGAGGCGCCGAGCGAGACGCCCUCGGAAGCGUCCUCGCCAUCCGGCAAAGCGAGACGAAACCGGGGAGACACUAGCAAGAGGAGGAAGGGCGUGUACAUAACUCAAUGGCCAGAGCCUUUGGACGCGGACAGGAACAGGCUGUCGGCUCAGAGCAGCGAGGAGAGAGACGAGCCACCUGCGACGCCCAGCGACCUGUCCGAUUGCGAGGGCCACACGCCUCGAAGGUACAGCAAGAGGCCCCUUCGCGGGCCCUACGGGCAGAUGCUGGAGGCCGAGAUGGCGAAACCGCGCACCACCGAUAUCGCGCUCGAGGAAGGUCUUCGUCCUCGCAGAAAGAUCUCUGCAAAUCUCUCGUACAACGCGAGCAGCAAUAACAACAGCGGUUCCGAGCCGCCCACGCCUUGCCACCAUCGGACGACCUCCAGUCCGACCAAACUCGAGGGACUUCCGGGGCCGAGUCCUGAGCUGCUCGCGGAGCUGCUGAGAGGGUCCUCGGAGAGGGUGGCUCGCGCACCGGCGCAUCGAAACGACACGAGGACUCACGUGGUUGUGGAGCUUUACGAUACGGAACGAUCCUACGUGGAGGCGCUACAAAUACUAGUCAAUAAAUACUUACAGCCCCUGAAAAGCCCUGAAAAUGCCGGUCUGGUAGAUGCCGCAACAGUCGACGAGAUAUUUUAUCAGAUCCCUGCGCUUCUCAGUCAUCAUGAGAUAUUCUUGGAGGAGUUGCGUAGGCGACUGGACACCUGGGAACUCAGGCAGACGAUCGGCGACGUCUUCCUCGAUGUGUUCACGAAGCCGGUGGUGCUGGAGACAUACACCCUGUUUCUGGACAAUUGGAAGUCUGCGAGAAAGGCGAUAAAAACAACGUGCCAAGCGAAGCCGGCCUUCGCACGAUUUCUCGAGACAAUGGAACGCGAGCACAAGGGCAAGCUGGGACUGGACCAGUUGCUGAUCAAACCAGUACAGAAAAUCCCGCGGUACGAACUGUUGAUCCAGAGGUUGCUAAAACACACGGAUCCGACACAUCCUGAUUACGAACUGCUGCAGGCCGCGCAGAAAGAAGUGCACGAGCUAGUUGUAAAGAUCAACUGCACGGAAAGGGAAUCGCUCGAAUGGGAACAGCAGCAGACGACGUUGAGGGAGGUCCAGGCCCUUGUCGAAGGUCUCGCCGGCAUCGUAACGAACGACAGAGCUUUCGUCCGACACGAUCUGGUCACCAUAGCAUCGAAUCAGGGCACACGGAAGGAACGGGCUUUAUUUUUAUUCUCCGAUCUCCUCGUCAUCACCAGCAUCAAGCGCAGAAGCGGUACAAUAAGGAAACCGUCAACAAGCACGUGUCCGAACAGUCUGGUCGGUCUGCUUGAUGCAAAUAAGUAUAAAAUGUUGAUGCGAAUCUCACUGGAUGAUCUCGAAGUAAUGAAAGCCAAAGAUGAAAAUUUAAGACGAAUGGCGCGCGAAGUGGAUUAUCUCCGAGAAGACUGUACAAAGUUGUCUCAGCUGCAGGAGUUGGCCAUAACUUUGCAUGGUGCCAAGCAACAGUUGGAAGACCUUAUCAAGGAUAUGCUAAGUCAGGCCCAGCGGCAAUUGGCAGAAAGAAACGCGGCGCAUUCGCAGUUGGCUUGCUUGGAACUUACACUCAAUACUCAAGCUGGGAUCGAGAAUAUAUCCGUCAUGUUCGCGAAGCCUGACAAGCGUGCGAGUUGGGAGGAGAGCUUUAAUGAAGCCAAACAGAAGCUCGCGUUAUCAGCUGACAGGAGACCGUGUCCUGAAUUCGUGGGGCCUUUGCCCAUCAGGAAAACGCGAGCGGGCCUUCAGUUUACUUGCGCGGCACCGACGUUGGCGAACGGACAGGGAUCGAAGGACGUCUGGGUAUGUAACAGCGACGGUUACGUCGGUCAGGUGUGCGUGCUGAGUUUGAGCCCGGAACCACCGCAAGUAACAUCGUGCAACGGAGUCUGUAACGCCAGGAUACUCUGCGUCGCUGGAAUACCCGCGUGCACGCCUGGUUCAAACUUGUGCAUGUCGAACAACAGUCCGUUCGUUAACAGCAAGAAUAGUAUAAGCAUAUCGGUGCAAGACGUGGAUGCUAGCGGCGGUAACAUACAGUUAGACAGUAGCUCGAGCUCUGACGAUUCGGACUCGGACGACAUUCCAAGCGCAGAUACGGGCAGUGUAACACUGAGCGGCGAUGUAUCGAGUAUCGAUAAUACUAUCACGGAAGAGGAUGCGAAUCAGCCCACAAUGUGGCUAGGAACUGAAGACGGCUGCAUUCACGUGUAUAACUGCAACGAUAACAUUCGGAUCAAGAAAAACAAAGUGAAGAUACAGCACGGCAGCAGCGUGCAUUGCAUUAUAUACUUGGAUAACAAGGUGUUCGUUUCUCUUGCCAAUGGAGACAUCACCGUUUAUGUUCGGGACCAUACCGGUGGAUGGAACACUCCGGAUCCAACGACGGUGUCCGUUGGGACGGUAGCGUCACCGGUGACCAAAAUGCUGUCUGUCUCCGGGAAACUUUGGUGCGGGUGUCACAACAGCGUUAAAGUUUUGAAUACCUACACCCUGGAUAUCGAGCACACGUUCACUGUAAGCAGCGAUACGAGCCGCGCUGUUUCCUGUAUGGCAAACUCUGGAGGUUUAGGCGUUUGGAUUUCCUUACACAACAGCGCUGUGCUGAGGCUUUUCCAUUCCGGUACAUACGAAUGCCUAACCGAUAUCAACAUCGCGCCAGCUGUUACCAAAAUGCUUGCCACAGGUUGUGAUGACAUAAUUCGGCAGCACAAGGCAGCCUGUCUCAGGGUCACCGCACUAUUGGCUUGCAACGAGUUGCUUUGGAUCGGCACGAGUGCUGGCGUGCUGCUCACCGUGCCAAUUCCCCAUAUAAAGCCAUCCACUCAGAGGAUGUCGCAGCCACCGAUCGUGACUGGAAUUCCUCACGGACACACAGGACACGUGCGUUUUCUCACCUGCGUAGAAACACCGAAUCCCUCGAAACCGGACCCUCGUCCAAAAGUGAAUCGUUAUUCAUUGAAAUCGAAUAAAACGCAGCAGAACAACAUCAAUCGUGGUAAACUCCUGGUGAUAUCCGGUGGAGACGGUUAUGAGGACUUUCGCGGACCUCAAGCUUCGGCCGAGUUGCAGGCUGGUCGCGAGGACUCCACGAACCAUCUACUGCUGUGGAAAGUGUGAUACGAUGUAGCACGACCCCAGACAAGGGUCGCGGUAAAUGAAAACUGGCAUGACACGCCGUGGGAAUCGUUGUUGUAUGUGCAGCACGCAGGCGGACGCCGUCGUCGUCGUCUGAUCGUGGCCGGUCAGGACGCAUCAGCGCGCCGGGUUUUCAGGGAACGCGGGAAGGUUCUCUGGUUGAUAUUAGCCGAGUGGAUCAAGAGCAAGAUGCGAGAACUGCAUUCUCAAGACAUAAAGAAGUAUCGGUUGCAGUUCGCACAGGAGUCCGACCGAUCGAGGACGGUCACGGAUUUGUCUUAAUCAUCGUUGUGCAAUUUAUGAGCGGAUCUGCUAUUUCUGACCAUGAUCAAUUACGUCGGUCUGAUGCAAGAUCAUUUACCAACGAUGAGAGUGCUCGAUGGCCGUGAGUUUUUUUCGUUUUCUUAAAUACAUAUCCGA